GUCAGAGCAACGAACUCGAGCUGCCUGCUUGAAUACCGAGGAAGCGACCUAGUGUCGCUGAGGCGAAAUGCAGAGGAGACACACUCUUGCAAAGCGCUCGCGAGGAACUUAAAAUAAUGUUCUCUGUAAGAAAAUAAUAUUGAAAGUAAAAUAAAAAUCGCUGGUUUGGUUUCGUUUGGAGUUUGUGGUCUGGUUGAUUCAAUAUAUGCUCGGUUACGAAAAACUGCCUGGUUGUUUAUGAACGGGGGAAGAUUUGAAGUCAAGCACAGCCAGUCCAGAGAGCCCGGGAGAGGGGCGACAGGAGGGGUGGAGAGAAAGAAGAGAGGGGGGAGAGGGGCGCCCAGAAAACGCCCUGCUGCUGAAUCCUCUCAAAAUUAAAACUUUAUCGCGCCAUUACGGUACGGUACAUCUCUCUCAUUAAGGGAUGUAAAGUUGGAUGCCGCUUAGUUGUUUAAAAUAAACACUCAGUACAUUGUUUUGGGGGAAGUUUGAAAAAUCUCCACUGUUCCCAUUGGAUUCUUUUCUUUUCCGCUUUUAUUCUGGAUAAGUCCGUGGUACUAUUUUGGAGGGCGGCGAGUCGGAGGUUGUCUAGGCCCACGGCCACUGCUCGACAGCAAGAAAGAACAUCUUGUAUCUCUUUAAUGUGAACCAGAAAAGUAGUGCACAUCGCACUUUUCAUUGCUCAGACUGGCGCCAGGAGAAGGCAAAAAUGUCGCUGGGUGCGGAGAGAAGGAUGGAAAAUCGGCUGAGAAAACUGGAAGCCAUGAUCAAAGACCCGCGGUCUGCGAUCAACUUGGAAAGUUUGCUGGAUUCCAUGAAUGCUCUGGUCUUAGAUCUGGACUUCCCAUCCCUGCGCAAGAAUAAGAACAUUGAGACGUUCUUAAACAGAUAUGAGAAGGUUGUGGAUUAUAUUCAGGAGAUCCAGAUGAAGCCCGAAGAUUUUGACCGAGUGAAGGUGAUCGGUAGAGGAGCAUUCGGAGAAGUUCAGCUGGUGAGGCAUAAGGCCUCUCAGAAGGUGUAUGCAAUGAAGGUGCUAAACAAGUUUGAAAUGAUCAAACGCUCAGAUUCAGCCUUCUUCUGGGAGGAGCGUGACAUCAUGGCCUUUGCAGACAGCCCAUGGGUCGUACAGCUGUGCUGUGCGUUCCAGGAUGACCGCUCUCUUUAUAUGGCAAUGGAAUACAUGCCAGGAGGAGAUCUUGUUAAUCUCACAAGCACGUACGAUGUACCAGAGAAGUGGGCAAAGUUCUACACGGCUGAGGUUGUGUUGGCUCUGGACGCCAUUCACUCUAUGGGCUUCAUUCAUCGAGACGUCAAACCAGACAACAUGCUGCUGGACCGCUAUGGACACCUCAAACUCGCAGACUUUGGGACUUGCAUGAAAAUGGAUGCGACGGGGAUGGUUCACUGUGACACUGCAGUCGGGACCCCUGAUUAUAUCUCACCAGAGGUUCUCAAGUCUCAAGGAGGGGAUGGUUACUAUGGACGCGAGUGUGACUGGUGGUCAGUUGGAGUCUUUAUUUACGAGAUGCUAGUAGGUGAUACACCGUUCUAUGCUGAUUCUCUGGUGGGGACCUACAGUAAGAUUAUGGAUCAUAAGAACUCCCUGAACUUCCCUGAUGAUGUCGACAUCUCACAAGAAGCAAAGAACAUCAUUUGUGCCUUUCUGACUGACAGAGGGGUUCGCCUGGGUCGUUGUGGCAUAGAAGAAAUUAAAAGACAUCCUUUCUUCAAAAACGACCAGUGGACAUUCAGCACCAUUAGAGAGACUGCUGCCCCUGUGGUUCCAGAGUUGAGCAGUGACAUAGACACCAGUAAUUUCGAUGAGAUAGAAGAUGAUAAAGGAGAAGUGGAGACCUUUCCAACUCCCAAAGCCUUCGUUGGCAAUCAGCUGCCCUUUGUGGGCUUCACCUACUUUAAAGAAGACCAGUUGUUGAAUGAUGUUAACAGUUCAGCAAUGAAAAAUGAUCAUCCCACAUCCAGCAAGAUAGAGGACAAUUUAGCUCUGCAGAAGAAACUUCACUCUCUGGAAGAGCAGCUUAGUAAUGAAAUGCAGGCCAAAGAUGAAAUGGAGCAAAAAUACAGAAGCAACUUCAGCCGCCUGGAAAAGGUUGCCAAAGAUCUGGAUGAAGAGAUAAAUAGCAGAAAAGCAUUGGAGACCUCUCUGAGACAGCUGGAGAGAGAGAAAGCCCUGCUGCAGCACAAGAGCGUAGAGAGUCACCGCAGAGCCGAGAGUGAAGCUGACCGCAAACGCUGCCUAGAGAAUGAAGUGAGCAGCCUGAGAGAUCAACUGGAUGAAAUGAAGAAGAAAAACCAGAACUCGCACAUCUCUAACGAGAAGAACAUCCACCUGCAGAAACAGCUUGAUGAGGCAAAUGCAUUGCUGCGAGCAGAGUCUGAUGCGGCCGCACGUCUGCGGAAAACUCAGUCGGAGAGCUCUAAACAGCUGCAGCAGCUGGAUGCUCACGUGAGGGAACUGCAGGAUAAAUACUGCAUGCUGGAGAACAGCAAGCUCACACUGGAGAGGGAGAACAUCAGCCUGCAGGCCGCACUGGACUCAGAGAAACGUGAGCACACACAGGGAUCUGAGACCAUCUCUGAUUUGCAGGCACGAAUCUCUGGUUUGGAGAAAGAAGUGAAACAAGUGAGGCAAGCCCUGUCUAAAGCUGAGACAGAGAAGAGGCAACUUCAGGAGAAACUCACAGACCUGGAGAAGGAGAAGAGCAAUAAGGAGAUUGACAUGACCUAUAAGCUGAAGGUGUUGCAGCAGGGUUUGGAGCAGGAGGAGGCAGCACACAAGGCAACAAAAGCGCGACUUGCCGACAAGAACAAGAUCAGCGAAUCCAUUGAAGGAGCAAAGUCUGAGGCUGUGAAGGAUCUAGAACAGAAGCUACAGGAGGAACGUUCUUCUAAGCAGCGUGUGGAAAACAGGGUGUUAGAACUGGAGAAGAAAAGCUCCAUGCUUGACUGCGACUACAAACAGUCACUGCAGAAACUCGAGGAACUGCGACGACACAAGGAGAGACUCACUGAAGAGGUGAAGAAUCUGACUCUGAAGAUUGAGCAGGAAGUUCAGAAACGCAGUUUGACUCAGAAUGACCUGAAGGUGCAGAGCCAGCAGCUCAGCGUUCUGCGGACAUCGGAAAAACAACUCAAACAAGAGACCAACCAUCUGCUAGACAUCAAAAGGAGCAUGGAGAAACAGAACAUGGAACUGCGCAAGGAGCGUCAGGACUCUGAUGGACAGAUGAAAGAAUUGCAGGAUCAGUUGGAGGCAGAGCAGUAUUUCUCUACUCUGUAUAAGACACAGGUGCGGGAGCUGAAGGAAGAGUGUGAAGAGAAGAAUAAACUCUAUAAAGACAUGCAGCAGAGUCUACAGGAGCUACAGGAGGAGAGGGAUUCUCUUGCGGCUCAGUUGGAGAUAACACUUACGAAAGCUGACUCUGAGCAGCUGGCACGCUCUAUUGCGGAGGAGCAGUAUUCUGACCUGGAGAAGGAGAAGAUCAUGAAGGAGCUGGAGAUCAAAGAGAUGAUGGCCAGACACAGGCAGGAGCUUGCUGAAAAAGAUACCACCAUCACCUUAUUAGAGGAAGCUAAUCGCACAUUAACUACUGAUGUGGCGAACCUGGCCAAUGAGAAGGAAGAACACAACAACAAGCUAAAAGAGGCACAAGACUACCUGCAAAAUCUGAAGAAUGAAGAGCAGUCCAUUACGCAAGUAAAACUUGCCCUUGAGAAACAGCUGCAGUCAGAGAGAACUCUCAAAACACAGGCCGUGAACAAGUUGGCAGAGAUUAUGAACAGGAAGGAGGUCCGUGGCGGCGGCAGUCGUCGUGGAAAUGAUACAGAUGUGAGGAGAAAGGAGAAAGAGAACAGGAAGUUGCAGCUGGAGCUUCGUUCAGAGAGGGAGAAACUCAACAGCACCAUCGUCAAAUACCAGAGAGAAAUCAAUGACAUGCAAGCGCAACUGGCGGAUGAUUCACUGGUGCGUGUUGAGCUGCAGAUGGCUCUGGACAGUAAAGACAGUGACAUUGAGCAACUGCGCAGUCUGCUGAACUCUCUCAAUGUCCAGUCACUCGACUCAGCCAGUAUGAGCAGUGGUCCAGACAUAGACACUGACGAGUCACUAUCAGAGACAAGGCUGGAGGGUUGGCUGUCUUUACCAGUGAGGAACAACACCAAACGUUUCGGAUGGGAAAGAAAGUAUGUUGUGGUGAGCAGCAAGAAGAUUCUUUUCUACAACAGCGAGCAGGACAAAGAGCAUUCCAAUCCUUACAUGGUUUUGGACAUAGAUAAGCUUUUCCAUGUUCGUUCAGUAACGCAGACAGACGUUUAUCGUGCUGAUGCCAAAGAGAUCCCCAGAAUAUUCCAGAUCUUGUAUGCUAAUGAGGGUGAGAGCAAGAAGGAACAAGAACUGGAGCCUCUCCCUGGGGACAAGUCCAGCUACAUUUGCCAUAAGGGUCAUGAGUUCAUCCCUACCCUCUACCACUUCCCCACUAACUGUGAAGCCUGCACCAAACCCCUGUGGAACAUGUUCAAACCACCUCCAGCUCUAGAGUGCAGACGAUGCCACAUCAAGUGCCACAAAGACCACAUGGACAAGAAAGAAGAGGUCAUUGCUCCUUGCAGAGUGAACUACGACAUAUCCACGGCUAAAAAUCUGCUGCUGUUAGCCAUGUCUCAGGAGGAACAGCAGAAGUGGGUUAGUCGACUAAUGAAAAAGAUCCCCAAAAAACCUUCAGCACCUGAAGCCCCUCACCGCUCCUCUCCCAGAAUUCCUACUAAAGCACAAGCCAGUCAAUCCAUGAGGAGACCCAACCGACAGAUGCCCCCCAGCAAACCUAGGUUUGUGCACAACGUAAAGGAACCUACUGCAUGUGCGGAGAAAUCUGGCUUCAUCUACCACAAGGGUCAUGAGUUUAUCCCUUUAUUCUAUCACUUCCCUGCCAACUGUGAGGCCUGUACCAAACCUCUGUGGAACAUGUUCAAACCACCUCUGGCUCUGGAAUGUCAGAGAUGCCAAAUCAAAUUGCACAAAAAGCACAUGGACAAGAAAGAGGAAGGUCUCAGACCCUGUGCUCCUGACCAAUUCAACCCCCAGUUCACCACGGGCUGAGAGACAGAACAUAGCUAACAUGGAAAUCGGAUGGAGAAUGCAUUGCAUUUCAGUGCCAAAAUGUCAAGAGCAUUAAAGUUAACCUUAUUUUGGGAAUCUGGUGCUGCUACAUGGUGAUUUGGGGUUCUUCCUGUCACACCAACAAAAGAUCUUUUGUCGUAACUUUUCGCACAUUUUGGCAAAUCCAAAAAAGUGAGAGAUGCACAAAUGUUAUGAAGGUUUUGCUGUCGAAUGGCAUUUAUUCUUUGGGCAAAUGGUUGUUUCUACUCAAGGGCACAGCAAAUUUACACAGAACAGAAAGAUCGGCAUCAAACCAAACAUCUUAUUCAUUCAAGGCCAGAGUUGACCUGAACCCAGCUUGAACAAGUCUGCUGGACUGUCUUAGGGAUCAGCCAGAGAAUGUGGACAACAGCUGCACCCCAUCUGAUCGGACUGUAGUGUCUUUUUUGAUUGACUUCGAUGGCUGAAUGUAGAAUGUAGUGUGACACCACAUAAACGGCUAGAAACACCACUACAUACGUUUUUCAUUCCUUCAUUAAUGCAAUGAAAUUUGUUUUUCCUAUUAUAGAUUUCAACCGUAUCUUUUUAUUUUAUCUUUGUUUACCCCAUUAUGUGAUCAAAGCUUGAUUUAUCUAUUGUUUACCCUCUCUCUUUGAAAAUGAAUGCAUCCCAUACCACUCUCUUGAACACCUGUUGCUUCUUACAUAAUGAUUUGAAGAUAUAUCUGAGAAGGGAACUGUAUGAACUGAACAUGAUUUGACAUGAUUUUAACAGCAAUCUAGAUUUGAGCUGUUUAUAUGGUCAUUUUAGUCAAAAAUUGUGAAUUUGAUUUUGUUAGGCAUGGUUGACGCCAGAUCAGUGCUGUCCCAAUUUUAAAACGAUUUCAUAUAGCCAUUUAAAAUGUGUGAGCUCAUUAUUGAGCUCAUCUGCUUUUACAAGGUGAGAUUUUUGAGUCUCCCAGAAAGUCAUUCAACUCACGAGUACAUAACUGAAAUAUUCGUAAGACAGGAAUGUUUGAAAAACUACAUGCAUGCAUAAAUUCACUAGAGAAGUAUUUAAAAUAAUUUUUGUGAUUUGAAGUGGGUUAAAUUUGUUUUUGUGCCGUGUGUGUGUGUAUUCUCACCCUAGCAAACGAUGUGUAUCUGUGGGUGUGCUGUGAAUGCAUAUUCGUGUUCUUUUACACUUUUUAUAUAUAUAUAUAUAUAUAUAAAUAUAAAUAUGGCGUAUAUUUGACCUGCCAUCUUACCAGUCGAUUUGCUAUUUAAACAGGUAUGGGCACUUUUUUUUUAUUUUAAAGCGCUGCCUCCAGAUUUGCAUGUUUUAUUUUGAUGUUCUGUUUGACCAUAAAAUGAAAAGCAUAUGUAGCCGUGUUGUUUGGAGACCCUGUAUAACAUUUGCUUAUUUUUGUAAACAAAAGUAGUCAGAAGUAUAUAGCUGUGAAUGUAGUAAAGGAAGUAAAGUUUUAAUAUAAACCGUACUCUCUGUCUGCUUUA